AUGCCUCCACCCGUCAAUCUCCCGACUCCAGCUGCCGGCGACAUCUUCACCCACGACGGGAACUUGAAGGUUACCAACGCUGCAGCGAACGUCUUCGUUGUGUACAACUUCGAUGCCAAGAAGGCCGACCCAUCCCCUUCGAGUCUCACCGUAGACUUUGUCAUGGGAAAUGUUUAUCUCAUCGAUGCUUCGCUAUGCAGUUACUGGGAGAGCAACCGCGUCUUUGGAAAUCUCGUCAAAGGACUCGGACUCCCUUUCGAAGGUUGGUUCGAAGGCAACAAUUCUAUCGACACGGUAUACGAUGACAUCGUAUGUGUUCCUCCCAGUGUCACAACCAGCUACGUGUAUGGAUGUCGCCUACUUGAAUCUCAUCUCUCAUACGGCGGUGCCAUCUUAACAAGACCAAUAUGCUGCGUGUAUCGUCUCCAGAAUCUCAUUCAAGCACUCUGA